GAUGGCUAGAAGGCAAAUACUUUUUACUAAAGGAGAUGUAGACAGAAUGAGAGCGGAGAACAGGAGGAAAGAGGUAGAGAGGACUGAGCAGCUCAAAAUGGUGGCACAAGACAAACUAAUGCGGGCCAACAUGGCCUCCGAGGAGAAAGUGGAAAAGAAGAUCCUAGCUAGAAUAUUGCAGCAAGAGGCCACGGAGAAAGAAACAGACGAGAAGAUAGCAGCAUCCAUUAGAGAGAAAAAGUUAAGAGAACAGCAACUGGAGCAAGAGAAAAUAAUAGCUGAAGUAUGAACAACUACAAAUACUACACAUUCUGAAAAGACUGACAUAGACUCUACACUAUUAUUGCAGUACUCUAUGUAAUGGCUUUCUCCCUCAAUCUCCUCCUUUCUCCACCCCAUUUUACUUCUCCCUCCUUCUCUCCCUCUUUAGGAGUGACAAAAGAUUAAACUUGAAUCCCAAAGAGAUGAGAGACUUCGUCAACAAAUCA